GAUUACAUCCGAAACCUGACCUGAGUAUAGAUUGAUCGAUUGAUCGGAAUAAACAUGAAGAGAAAAAAGGGUCGUCGUCGUCCACGCAAAAAAAAAUCAGCUGUGAAUUUGAGCGAAUUGCCCAACGAUGUUUUGCUUGACAUCCUUGAGAGGGUGGACACACCUGAUGCUGUCAGAACCUGCUUCCUCUCCAGGAACAUGGCCACGCUCCCCCGCUUGCUCUCGCGAGUUGCGGUGGACGUCGAUUCCUUUGCAUCUAGGGACGAUUCCUUGCCACAGAGAGAUUUGGUGCGAAGGAACGGCGCCGUGGCGGAUGCAGUCAACACCGUCCUCGCUUCUCGUGAUCCACGAUGCUGUCUCCAUGAGAUCAAGCUGAGAUUCUACUUAAAAUUCUAUGACUGUCUAUCGAUCGGCAAAGCUGUUGCCCAGGCUAUGUCAGAACAUAAGAUCGACAUCAUUGAGUUUACCAUCUUGACAGAGAAGGGGAGUCUUGAAUGCACAUCUGAUGAUCGGUUCUACUAUCUGAAACAGUUUAACAGCUUCCUCGGUGCUUGUCCAACUGUAUUUGCUGGCCUCACUCGUCUGGACCUACAGAACUUGUGGUUUGGUGAAUCAGACAUCCCAAACAUCCUCCUCACCUGCGAAAAGUUGGAGUCUUUACGCCUGUACAGCUGCAAAGCUGCGGAUGAGAGUGUGUUGCGAGUAGAACACCCUCACCUUGUUGAGCUCCAGAUCGCAUAUGGGAAUUUCGAGACGGUUCAGCUCGUGGAUCUACCGAAACUCCAAAGGAUGACUUGUCAGACCUGGAUCUCUUAUCAAGAUCCAUUGGUUUUUGGUCACACUCCAUGUCUCUCCAAUUUGAGCCUCACUGACAUUAGUAUGAGUUGGCAGGGCAAUCUCAGGUUAAGUAGCUUCCUUGCUAAUGCCCCUACCAUACAAGUCCUUAAUCUCAACUUUCGAAGCGAAAAAAUCUGGGUCGUGCCAGAAAGCUCAAAGCUGCUACUCCCAGUGCUGAGCCAGCUGCAAAGUAUUACCUUAGUUGACCUUCCCGAAGGAUGCGACAUUGCAUGGACAAUGUUCAUCCUGGAAGCAGCACCCAACCUGAAGGAACUAUCCAUCACGGUGCGGGAUCAUUGGUGCACGAUGGUGAGGGGCAAGGAGGAACGAGAACUGCAUGGUUACUGCAAGAAAGCAAACGUGGAGUGGGAGCCAUCCGUGGCUAAUCUGAAGCAUGAGAACCUGGCUAAGCUCACCAUCUCUGGCUUCCAGCCAAACGAAAACUUUGUAGGAUACAUCAGGCGCGUGAUGGAGGCUGCAUCUAAUCUGAAGCAGAUAUUCCUACAUGACAGGAAUGUGGAUAAAUGUUGUGCUCACUUGGAUCCUGAGAUCGUGAAGGAGGUUACGCCGUCAAGGUAUCCACGCACCAUGGAGGAGCAGGAGUUGCUCAAGAAGGAGAUGACCGAGAGAUUGGAGUCGGAGGGGAUGGAUUUAUCUGAUGUAGUUCACUUCCAGUCCUAACUGUCUUGCCAUGCAGUUCCAUACUUCAACUGUAAUGUUUCUCUUUUUUGGUUUGAGGAAUGUCUACAUCUGUACACAUACAUUUCCCCUUCUUUAAUCUGUUUACUUUCAUUGUGACAUAAAUGUAAAUUUCCAUUGUUUGAUUAAAUAUCCAUUGU